AUUACACGUGACUUACAUACGGCUUUCCAUUCAGCGUGAACCGCGUGAUUGAAUUGUUGAAUCUGCAAAAAUCUCGUUUGUUUAAGUCUACAUUCCCUGUUUUUGUUACAAAUAUGAAAGUUAAGGGCAGCAAAGAUAAGCAGAAAAAGGAGAAGAAAGAUGUCCCUCCCAAGGAAGAAGAAAGCGAGGAAGAAGUCUUAGACAGCGAAGAAGAAGAAAAAAAGAAAAGCAAGAAAUCGAAAAAGAGCAAGAAAGAUAAUAAGAAAAAGAACAAGAAAGAAAGUAGUGAUGAAGGUUCUGAUGAAGAAAGUGAGAAAGAAGAUAAAAAAUCUAAAAAACGUAAGGCUAAGGCAGAGAAAGAAUCUAUCCCUUCUAAGAAGGCCAAGAAAUCCAAGAAAGCAAAAGAGUCGUCUUCAGAUGAAGAUUCAAGUGACGAAGAUGAGAAAAAAUCCAAGAAACGUAAGGCAAAGUCCGAAAAAGAAGAGGUUCCCUCUAAGAAAUCUAAGGACAGUAGUUCCGAGGAUGAGGAAUCAGGUGAAGAAAAAGAAAAUGGUGCAAACGGUACAACUGAAGGAAACAAGAAAAUAUUCGUCAAAGGUGUAAGGGAUUUGACUGAAGAUCAGUUAAUCAAAUUCUUCAAGAAGAAGAAGAUCCCAUUGGAAAAUGUUGACAAAAAAGAAGACAAAGAUUUUGCGAUAAUAACUCUGGAAAAUCCUCUAGAUAUGGAUACUGCAACUGGUCUAGAUGCCUCAGAAUAUAAAGGAUGUACUUUGUAUAUAAAGCAGGAUGGACAACCCGACACCAAAAAGGAAGAUAAUUCUUUUGUAGCAGAAAAGAGUGAAGAUAAUGGAUUUGAAGAAAAGGAUAAAAGAACGCUUUUUAUUAAAAAUAUCGCCGAUAGUGUAACUGAAGAUGAUUUGUACAACGUCUUCAGUACUGCAACUGAUGUUAGACUCGCAAAAGACAAGCAAAAUGGUUAUGGCCAUAGAGGAUUCGCUUUUGCCGAGUACGAGACUGAGGCUCAGGUUGAGACAGCUCUCAAUGAAAACCAAGGACACACUUUGAAAGGUAGAUCGUUGUUUUUGGAUUUUUGUGGUUCUAAGAGCAAGAACAGCAAGGGACCUAAGAAAUCAUUUGAUGGUGGUAAUCGAGGCAGUAGCUCCAGUACACUAUUUGUGAAGAAUUUGAGUUUUGAUACAACUGAAGAAGGUCUUCAGAAAGCAAUGGGAGGUACUGCAGCUCGCAUUAUUACUCACUCAGAUACUGGUAGAUCGAAAGGUUUUGGAUAUGUCGAGUUUGAUUCAGAAGAGGAUGCUAAGAAAUGCUUGGAGGAGAAACAAGGAUGUGACAUAGACGGAAGAAGUGUAUUUGUCGAUUUCUCAACACCACGCGGAGGAGGAGGAGGCGGCGGCGGCGGCUUCAGAGGAGGUCGUGGGGGUGGAUUUGGAGGUGGCGGCGGCGGUGGAUUUAGAGGUCGUGGCGGUCGCGGCGGUGGAGGAUUCAGAGGAAGAGGUGGUCGUGGAGGUGGCGGUGGAUUCAGAGGUAGACCGAGCACUGGGGUUCAGCAAUACGCGGGAAAGAGACAAACAUUUGAUUAA